AUGUCCGAUCCAUUUGCUAGUUUACUGGAUACGUUCAAGAACGAGCCGAGGAAAGAGUGUGUCAAAGGUGAUGCGGAUUCCAACACAAGAUCGAAAGCCCAGGGUAGACCGACAGUGAUGUCUUCUUUGAAGCCCAUGGUACCGUCAAAGCUCGGCGGGGAGGAUCUAUCGUAUAGAGGUCUUUCUAUUGAAGUCAGUGAGGCAGAUGGACGCAAUGAUUUGGAUGAUGUGUUUGGAUUCACAGGGCCAGGACAACGAAAUCCACAGGGCACCGUAAGCGAGCAAGCUCACCAAGUUUCGGGUGUUCAGGACGAUCUUGAUGCCGCAUUUAGCGUGUUUGAGCAGAUUCCUGGUCUGCAAGAAGGUGGUGCCCUAUCAAAUGUGGAGCCAGCAACAGUGCUACAGUCUGAAGUGGUGGAUGAGGUCAGGGACAUGGAGGUAGCGAGGCUCAUGUCACUGGGGUAUUCAAUCAAUCGUGCCCUUGCACUUCACGAAAGAGGUUUGCUGUAUGAAGACAUGGUGAAAAAAAGCACGCAGAAGAGGGCCGCACAGUCACUCAUGCCAUCUCCGAAUGGAUUUGGCGAGCAAAACACAUCAAAAAAUGCUUCCGGCUCAUUUUCCAGCUUGCUUGAUAGUGGAAGGAGCUCUGAUGGGUUCUUUUCAAUGGCUUCUGAUUUUUUGAAUAAAGGGAAGCAGAUUGUUGACCAAUUGACGAACUUUCCAGAGGAGCAAGAUAGAAUGAGCCGAUAUCGGAACUUGGAGGAGAAGGAUUCUACUACAGUGGUUGGUAAGGUAUAUACGGAUACUAAGCAAGAAAUUCUGCAGCCUGAGCCGGUGCAACGCGAAACUCAUAAUGAGGAGGAAGUGUUUGAAGUUUUUCAAAAAAAGACUGAAGUUGCGCAGCCUCCGCUGGAAGCAACUGUGGAGGAAACUCUACUAGAUUUUGACUCGCACCAGGAAUUCCCACUCGAUAAGGAUCACACCCCGCUAUCCGUUCAGCAGAUAUCAGAUAUCGAACUAUCGGGUUACAAUGAGUUCAAAAGUCAUGCAUCAGAAUUUUUCAAAAACGGUGAUUACAUCUCUGCACUGCACAGCUACCAAAAAUCGCUAAAUUCUUUGCCGAAUGAUCAUUCUUUGCGUAUAAUCGCUUAUUCGAAUAUCACAGCCUCUCAACUUAAACUUGGUGAAUACAAAAAGAUCAUUCAUGAUUGUGAUACAGCACUGGAAUUGUUUUCUAAGGAUCGCAAAGUGUGGACCAACCCAAUACCGAAUAGUGAUCCAGUUAGGACGUACAAGGAAAUGUGGCCCAAACUUCUCACAAGGCGUGCAGAGGCUUUUGAACAUAUUGAAAACUACCAAGAGGCUUUGGAAUCAUAUCAGUCGUUAAUCGACUAUAAUUUUUUCAGUGAUAAGGUGAUGGCAGGUAAAAGGAGAUGCCAACACUUUCUGAAUCCCCAGAAAUCGAAACAACAAAACAAAAGAAGUAAUAUACAGAAGGCAGCAGAAACCCCGAUUAUCAAAACCAAAAAAGAGCCCCGCUCCUCCAAAACAUAUGAAAAUGUGGAAAGACUAAAAGAAGAGAAUAAACAAAACGAAAAGCUAGAAUCCGAAAGGGGUCAACUAUACGAUGUUGUUUUCGAACGCAUUGAAGCAUGGAAAAGUGGUAAAGGUGAUAACAUCCGUCAUCUAUUAUCGAAUCUGUCAAGCAUCCUGACUUGGUCUGACUGGAAGCAAGUAGCGCCAUCAGAUCUGGUCAUGCCAAGAAAAGUGAAAAUUGCCUACAUGAAAGCGGUCGCUAGGACACAUCCUGAUAAAAUUCCAGCUUCUUUGGGAUUGGAGCAGAAAAUGAUAGCCGAAAACAUUUUUAGCGUACUUAGUGUUGCGUGGGAAAAGUUCAAGCUGGAGAAUAAGAUGAACUAA